AUGUCCCCCGCAUCUACAACCCCUUCAACUCCACUAUACUCGCCCCUAACGCAGCUCACAAUACCCUCUCAUCCAGAGCCUUCUCCUCUUUCUUCCAAUAAACCUUCUUCCCCAUCAGAUUCCUUGAAUAUCGAGUCAAAAUCAGCUAUAUUCAGCGACAUUUUCUCAGACGACCUUUUUGGUUCCCCGAAUCCAGACCCUUCCCAGAGCACUUUCACUUCUCCCAGGCUGUCUGGUUCUCCUGACCUCGAAUCCACCCCUCCCUACGAUGAGAGCGACCCGGAAAAACUCGCAAAGCAAGAUCCGCUUGCCACUCAAGUUUGGAAGAUGUACGCAAGGCAAAAGGCAAAUCUUCCUCACGCUCAGAGAAUGGAGAAUAUCACUUGGAGAAUGAUGGCCCUCGCUUUAAAGAAGAAGAAAGAGGAGGAGGAAGCUGCAAAUGCAAAGACCGAUGUCAAAUCAGAAACUACUUCAACACCUAUCCCUGAUCCACCUCCAUCCGAAGAGGAAAGAGGUCGAAGAAUCGAUAAAGGUAAAGGAAAAGUCCAGGUCGUUGGUUUUGACGGCACAAAUCAAGAUGGCGCAGAAGAUGACGACAUCGUAGCAAUGGACUGGCGUGCAAUGAGCAGGUCCCGCUCUCGCAUAUCAAUGGACUGGAGACCUCAAUCCCGUUCCCGCUCAAGGCCACCCCAAUCCACUGCUUUCUUUGAUCAUCAUGAGAAUCCCAUCUUGAAGGACUCGCCUUCCUCACCCAGCAUACCGAUACCUGGCGCCUCCACCACUCGUCCUUAUCUAGGCUCUUCUUCGGCACCUCGUUCUGGUACUCUUCCCGCCGUCUAUGAAGGCCAAGUAGAUCAUGAUCCACACUCGUUCUCACACGGCCUCCAUCACGACCCACAACUCGCUCAGCUCAACCACUCCUCGUCUGCCCUCAAUACCCCCGCUUUCCACCCAUCCUCGCUCCCCUCUUUCGGCUUCCACGGAGGUUCGAAGCUGCUGCCAGAUCAGUCGCCCAAUGCACGUGCGUUCCCCAGGCACGUGCGAAAAACCAGCUUCGAUCAUACAGUAAAGCGGGAGGCUUUAUUCCCCGGUCUCAGCGGCAGACACCAGGUCAACGGCAAGCCCUUGUCGCCUGAUAGUCUCAUUGGUCAGAAACGGAGAGCGGAAGCACCUCAUGCAGAGAGCAUGCUGCGUGCAGAUCCUUCCAAUGUUGACGGCAAUCCCCGCACCACUCAGGAGCCAGAUCAGUAUGUGAGCACGAGUCCCUUCCCUUCUACCCCUUUCAACUUCUGCUUCCCGCGGGACUACGGGAUGUUUGAUAUGCACGGUGGCUCACACAACGAAUUCUCGCAUAUGCUUCACGCCACGGACGAUUCCCAUUCGUCAUUCCACGAUUCUCACCCUUUGAAUGGUUCUACAUACUGCUCGUCCUCGGGCGUCAACGAGGGUCUGUCUGCUGCUGCUGCGGCCGCCAGUGCGGCAAUGGCAGAAGGUUACCGUAUGAGCGCCGCUGCCAACUUCCCAUCAGACGACUACAGCCAUCUACUUGGACUUCCUUUCAGCAACUUAGAUGCUAGCAUAAGCCUGGCGCAGGGCCCAUAUACGGUCGAUCCUACACAGAUUGGCGAGCAUGGAGAUGGGGUCUUGCAGAACUACCACGCUAGUCCAUCAAGCGACGGAUGGGGCAACGGCCUUACGUCCAGCUCCACCGCAUCCCCUGAACCAUAUAUAACCUCGAGCGCUUCCUCGCCUCCAUCUGUAGAAGGGACCACCACGGGCUCCAACUCACGGAAUCAGAUGCGAAAGAUCGCCUCGUCUAAACGCAUCGCUCAGGAGAUUCGGCGCAAGAAGUCAGGGUCAGCCAUGAGCCCCACAAUAGGAACCAUAUCGCGAUCGGCGACGAGCACCCCGGAUCUAAGUACGAGGGAGGGAAGCACUGGAACUGCGAAAGGCAGUAGCGAUGAUGGAGAUCAGCCGCCCACAUCGUGUACCAACUGCCAGACGACGAACACUCCACUUUGGAGACGCGACCCCGAAGGACAGCCUUUGUGCAAUGCAUGCGGUCUAUUUUUCAAACUGCAUGGUGUGGUUCGUCCGCUGUCGUUGAAGACGGACGUCAUAAAGAAACGGAACCGCGCUUCUGGUGCGCCUAACGGAAAUGCACGCAAAGGGGGCGCUGGAUUGCCUAAACUUGCAUCAUCGAAUACUCGGCCCCGUGCGUCGACGACUAGUACGGUGCCGACUGGAUUUGCAAAUGGUCGAGGAACGAUGACUGCAAGUAGACUUCAAAAGAUAUUAAAGAAAGGCCGCCGUGUUUCACGUACUGACCUCGAUUUUGAACAAGCACUUCGGAACGGGGGUACGGUAAAGAUUAAAGAGAGUCUUGAUAUUAAUACCUUGGGCGUAUCAGACAGCCCUGCACCUCCUGCGCAUGAGUUCUCGCCUAGGCCUCCAUCGCGAGCACGCGCCCAAGCCCAAGCCCACGUCUACGCUCACCCCCACGCACCGCCCACCCCCGUCGUCGUUCCACCAACUCCAACUCCAUGUCCCGGCCCCAGCAGUGCCAGAUGUUCCUCUACGACAUCUUCCAAUGACGUGUUUUACGACGCUGAAGACUCUGAUAUGCAGACUAGAAGGAGGAGCUUGUAUCGUGCCCCUGGGACGAGCAGUAGUCCUGACCUUGCUACGCUUGUGAGGAAGGCGAAGGAGAGGGGAGGGGUGAUUCCGCAGAGUGCGCAGAUGCAGGUUGAGAAACGCGCUGAGGGGAUGCACCAGCAGAUGCCGCCGCCGCCGUUGCCUGUUUGUGGGGGUGGGGGGAGAGGUAGUGGUGGUGGGUCGCGUCCGAGGUCGUCGACUUCUGCUGCACCUUCUUCUAGUUUAUCACCGGCUCCUCCUCCUCCGACGCUCCAUGUCACGCCUGCGGCGAGGCCUUCGAAGAUCGGUCUAAGGGAGUUGUCUAGUCCGGGGAGUUCGGAGUGGGCACCGAAGAACACUGUAAGAGCCAAAACGAGCGCGUUUUGGGGUAAAAUGCUGGGUCAAUCGUCUACCCGGGAUCGGUCGCGGACGGAUGCAACUUUGAGUUCUCCGCGUUCAAGACCGUCUUUUGUGGAUAGUUUUGCGCCUCCUGUGCCCCCUCUACCUGACGACACCACCCCCCGCUCGUCCGCCGUAUCCCCCACCUCUGACGUCUUCACAAACUCCUAUACAAGUUCCACGGAUCACAAACCCCUACCCCCCAUCCAUCUCGGUCGUCCAGCCAGUAAUGAUUCAGACGAUCGGUCUCUUGUCGUAAUCGACCCCAUGUCACGAACACGAGAUCGAACGCCGUCUCCUGACACGCGUCCAAGCGACAAACCAAAGCCAGAGGGCAGGUUCAUUAGUCAUAACAAGCGACGAAGCAUGAGCGUGAGCGACAUCGAUUUACAAAAACUAAACGUUCCUUCCUCGCCUGCGCCCACGCUUCCUCCCAAAGACUCUGUACCUCCAACCGAGUUCCAAGCUUGGGAAUCUUCUUCGUCGCUUCACGGCAUUCUUAGUGAUUUGAAAGCUUCGUCUCAUCAGGAGCUCACGACUAAUGAUCUCGUUCUCAACCGCUAUGCGUCCAAUCCGUCGUUUGCACGGACGGAUGAAACGGAUGAAGAGAAGGGCAAGGACUUGGCGGCGAAGUGCUAUACCGAGGACGAGGAGUUCUUGGCAAAGGAGAAGAUUGCAGAGUGGUUGGGCGGACAUGGGCAAGUCAACAAGACAGCACUCCAUCAUUAUAUGGGGUACUUUGACUUUACGGGACUGCGGCUUGAUAAUGCGUUCAGACGGCUGUGUGCAAAGUUGUAUCUCAAGGGUGAGACUCAGCAAGUGGAUCGAAUUCUGGAGGAGUUUAGUCGACGUUUCUGGGAUUGUAACCCUACGCGUCUAUACGGCAGUGCCAGCGUCGUCCAUGCGGUCGUCUACUCUAUUCUCCUCCUGAACACCGACCUCCAUAUCGCAGAUAUUGCAAACAGGAUGUCAAGGAGUCAAUUCGUCCGCAACACGAUGACAGCCAUUCAAAUGCAGACUCACCCAAGUCGCUACGGCUCGAGUCAGGACCUGAACGACGACAAUAGCAGUGGGCCACUGACGGGCUCUGAUGGCACUGAGACGCAGUCCCUCGCUCGGUCGAAAAGAAGUGGUAGUAUAGCAAGCUGGAACAGUAUCUCGAAAGAUACAUUCUUUGCUUCGGCUGGGGUUUCUUCUACUGUUUUGGCAGCACAGCCGUCGCUGAAUAGCAGCACGACAUCUUUCCACCACUCUUCUGGUCCGGAAUCGAAACCUCCGAGUACUGCUCCUUCGACGGUUGCGUUUGAUAGGAACUGGGAAAUGGACAUGGAAAGCCUGCUCAAGGUAGCUUCACACUCUAUGGGUGCUUUCCUCAGUCCAGCUCUCGGUUUCGCCUCCAACUUAUCGCAUACGAUCAUCAAGGAGCAGGAGGACGAGGACCGAAGCUACCGCAGCCAUGAUACUAGCUCGACAAAUAUUAGCAUCACUGAUGAAGAACUUGCGCUUCUCGGGGCGCCAUGGGCAAAAGAGGGGAUGCUUUGUCGCAAGCAAUACUGGGAGUCUGCAGGCAAGAGAGCAAAGUCCAAGAACUGGAUGGACGUCUUCGUGGUGAUUCAAAGAGGGGAGUUGAACAUGUUCACUUUUGGAGACCAUGGUGGAGGUUCCUCUGCGGUCGUUGGUGGCGGAAAUUGGCUGGAAAAUGCCCAUUCUGUUGGCACGGUGCAACUAGCCCACUCACUGGCUCACUCAUUGCCUCCACCAGGCUAUAACAAGCAACGUCCCCACUGUAUGGUACUCACCUUGUCCAACGGUGGCGUAUUCUUUUUCCAAGCCGGCACUGAGGAGCUUGUCAACGAAUGGGUGUCGACGUGCAACUACUGGGCGGCACGUACUAGCAAAGAGCCAUUAGCAGGUGGCGUCUCAAACAUGGAGUACGGGUGGAACCGCGUCACCGAUGCUUUGCAUGGACGCUCUGCAUCGGACGAACAGAAACCCGAAUACGAUCGCGCCGAUUCGAUGAGCGUGCGGAGCGGGCGCAGUGGUCGAAGCAAGCUCGGGUGGAAAGAGGGUGCCGCUACCGUCCGCGGUCAUUCGCCGUGGUCGGAGAGAUUGUUCAUCAACGAGUGGAAGCCUCCUAUCCCACCCUCGAUAUCCAGCAUUCACGACGAGGAAUCUCAGCUCGAGGCCCUUCAAAAAUACGUGCAUAUGUUGAAGACGGAUUUUAAGCACCAUACCGAACUGAGGGAACCAAUGGCUGCUCUGUAUCCGCCGCGUUCAGCGAACGGAACGAAAGCCCAGAGUAAUUGGGAGAAGAAGUCGCAAUUUCUACUCACGGAAAUCGUCAAGUACGACUCCUAUGUCGAUUCACUGCAAUCCGCUAUGAAUCUGCGUCUGAAGAAGAGAGGUGAAAAGGCGCUCGAACACGCCCUGGUUGUUGCUGUACCGGACGACAGCGACCCCGCGGUAGCGUCUGGCAACUGGAGAGGUUACUCGGAGGAGACGAUACCCGAAGGCGACGAGCCCCCAUCCCAAGUCAAAGAAAAUAUUGACCCCUUAAUUGUUGCAUGGACCGUACUGGCAAUCCCGUGA